AUGUCCAAAUUAGAUCAAAUACUUGCAUUUGCUGAAGAGAUAGAAUCACGAUCAGAUAGACUAGCUGAUGCCGCUUCUACUUCAAUAGAUCUAAUAAGUCACAUAUCAUACAUCAAUCAACAAUUACUCCAUAAUGAUCAUGAUAUAGAUGAAAUCCGACAUUUAAUGGAUAAUAAUCAAUCGUGCUUGAUUCAAUUGAAUGCGUUGAAUGAAAGGACUUUUUAUUUGGAAUCGAAUCUACCGAUAAAUGAUUAUAUUACCAAUCAGACCAGUUUUGAGAAUUUGAAUUCUGAGUAUAAUCAUAUAUUACUGAAAUUGGAAGUAAAUAAUCAUGUAACUGAAGAGUUUGAGGAAGACGAGGCUAUACAGCACGAUUUACAACAAUUGAAUAUCGAUGAUAGUUAUAUCGAUGGUGACAGUGAUGAAGAAGAUGAUGAAGACGAAGAUGAAGACGAAGAAGAAUACCUCAAUGAGAAUGAAUCGACAUCACCUACACUUGAACCACCAGAUUUAAAAAAGAUGAUUUCAAUAUCAAAUUUACAACUAAAACCAAUGAGAUGCGCAUCUUCAUCAUCAACAACCGCACCUCCUCUGCAACCGCGAUCAAUACAAAAGAAAAAGUCUAGGUAUAGACUUUCAAGCAUAUAUAAUAUCAAUCCAGUGGCACUUGAAGAAGAUGCAAUCUUACAUUCAAACACAACUUCAUCUUUUGCCUCUUCUUCAUCAUCACCACCUUCUGAAGAUAGUGAUAGAAUGAUGAAGAAUAGUUUAUCUCAAUCUUUUGAUACCAUUGAAUCGCAUUUCUCCAAUCAUACCCCAUUGAACAAGCAAGACAAUCAGUAUGAUGUAAUCUCCAAGGAAGCAGAAGAUGAAGUAACUGAAAUCUUGCCUAAUCCAUCCCCUGCGUCAACAACACUACAUAAGCACGCUCGAUCAAACUCGCUACCUACUUCAUCUACCAAAUCCGUCGAUCAAACUGAUUUAUUUAAGGAACUCGAUUAUCAAGAUGAUUAUUUACGUUUUAAUCGAUUGAGACAUUUCAUCAGUAUUAGUAAUUUACCCAAGCGUACCAAAAUUGAAACUCCUGAGGAAGAAAUGGGUGAUGAUUUGUUUUAUCAAGAGUUUGAAAAAUCAUUAACCCCACAACAAUGUUUGGAUAAUUGUGAUGUUUGCUCAGUUAUAUCUGAUAUUUCAUAUUAUUCACCUGAAAAACAACAGGGUAGUCAUGGGGAGGAAAAUAUUAACAAUUUGGAGUUUGACACAUAUAGUUCAUUCUUGCGUAAGUCUAAAUUGAACUUGAAUGAAGCUUAUCAUAACGCAUUUCCUCAUUUAUACAGACCACAUCAAGAACAUAAUGAACCAUCCAACAAGAAUGAUUCACAACAACAACAACAACAGCAGCAGCAUCCACAUGCUCAAGAGAGUCAUGUUAGUCACAAUUUUAAAAACCCCAUUACUACAAUAGGCAGCACUAUAUCACAUACAGUAAGUCCUACCUUGGACACCGCUUUUGAACAACAGUACCCCGUAUCAGCGACUCAAUCAUCGGAUAAAUUGUCAUCACGUAAAUUGCUAACUCAAGUGAUUUCAAGGAGUCCAGCAACUGUCAACAGAAAUGCAUUUGCCACUCCAUCAACCCUGCCCAAACAAGCACCAUCAUUGUUUGCUUCUUCUCCCCCAUUGCCCAUCAAACGCAAUACACCUUCAUCAUCGAAGAUCAACUCGGUCGUGACGAAAUCUUCACCCUCGACAGCCACUUCCCCAUCGCUGCUUACAUUUGGCUCAUCAUCAUCAUCACCAUCACCAUCAUCAUCUCCUUCAUUCACACACAAUCUCAUCAACUUUAUGUCAAUCUCCAAAAUGCAUCGUCAUAGGCAACCGCACCAACAACAAGGCGUUCACCUACUAUACAAUGACAAUCCAUUUGCACCACCUGUUGUGUCCACAAAACCACCGACUCCAGAAAAGAUUCGACAAUUGAAGAAACAAAAACGAUUGAAACGAUACGUUCCUAUACUGGUCCCUAAUGAAGCACAAUUGAAACGAAUACCACCACAAUUGGGAGGAGCUAGUGGUGAUAGUUUACGAAAUGACGGAUCUUUUUCUAAGUUGACAAUAUUACGAAAUCAAAAGUAUAUCAAUCAUGGUGAUUCUUCGGUGUUUAGUAAUCCUAUAAUACGCGGUUGUAAUCAAGAUGCUAUACGUGAAGCAUUAAGUGCAAGUCUACUAGAAUAA